UUUUACAUCCCUCCUUUCGUAUCCAAAAUCUUCGAACCGAAACCCUAGAGCAAACAAAACCCUUCUCGUUGCCGACCCUAUUUUCCCAUACUCUCUCUUCCAUCUGCGUUACGGAAAGUAAUAUACACGCUCCAUCGAUCCCAAGAAAGAUCUUUUCGAUCUGUAAUUCUCAUCCAAUAUGUCUCAGGUGGAUAAUAGAAACUCUUCUGCAGCCAAGCGAGCUCGGACUGAUGGUAGCCGCCGGGAAGAUGAUUGGACAUGUCCAAGUUGUGGCAAUGUCAAUUUCUCUUUUAGGACAACCUGUAACAGGGGCAACUGUACCCAGUCCAGGCCGGUUGAUCACAACUUAAAAUCUGCCACAAAGCCUGUUCAAGCCCCUCAGAUUUACUCUUCAUCAGCUCCCUAUCUAGGUUCUGGUGCACCCUCUUCAAUGUAUCUGGCUGUUCCACCAUAUGGUUCUUCACUCUUUAAUGGAACGUCUCUUCCUCCGUAUGAUCUUCCAUUCUCUGGGGGUUCAGGAUAUCCUUAUGAUUAUGGCAGCCGCCUUUCAUCAGGAAGCCCUUAUGGACCACUGCAUUUGUCUGGGCCAUCUCCAUAUUCCAGUGGAUCUAUGCUUGGAACUGGAGGGAUGUACGGUAUGCCCCCUCUGAUGGACCGCUAUGGCCUGGGUUUGCCCAUGGGUCAUGCUCCUAUGGGGGUUAGACCAGGAGUUUUUCCAGGUGAAAAUCCUCAGAAAAAGCCUGCAGAGACAACACGUGAUAAUGACUGGACCUGUCCCAAUUGUGGAAAUGUGAAUUUCUCAUUUAGAACAGUUUGCAAUAUGAGGAAGUGCAGUACCCUGAAGCCAGGAUCCCAGGCUGCCAAAUCUGAGAAAAACUCCAAACAAAAAAUGCCUGAGGGUAGCUGGAAAUGUGAGAAAUGUAAUAACAUAAACUAUCCAUUUAGGACCAAGUGCAAUAGACAGAAUUGUGGUGCUGAGAAACCGUCUGAGACAAACAAGUCCCCUGCACCAACAUCAGAAGAGGAAGAACAGUGAGUACUAGAACACUUUGAGGGUUGAGAAGGUCCAGAGUCAUCGUACGGCAUUGCACAAUUUGGGUGUCCGAAAGUCAGUCUUGUUGUCUUCAUCAUGUUGCAGCGGUUGUCGAGUUACUCUGCCUUCUCAUUAUCAGUGUCAAACUUGUUGUAUUAGCAGAAACCUUUAUGGUGGUUUUUGAUACUUGGAAAAUGGCACUUGUGGGCUUUUUGGAUCUUUUUUUAUUCGGAACUUGUCAUAUGUCAGCCAUUUAAUUUGGUAUGAUUUUCUUACAGGUUGGUUCUCCUGGUUUGGUUUCA